AUGGCACAACUACGCGAAUAUUUCAUGGAUCGACGUAAAACACUACACGAUGUUCCCGGUGAUAGUGAAGAUCUGGACUCGCGAUGGCGAGCAUUGUUCGAUUUCCAGACAGCAAUUACGUCUACUGUCGCAGCAGGCAAGAUGAAUUCGACUGGUGCGAUGCUCUCGCCUCCGCUGAGAAAUAAACGACGAUUUGCUAGCUCUGAGCCUACUCCAAUGCAAGGAACAUCUAUCGCAGAAGAGGACGAAGGUGAGAACGUAGAACGCGAGGAUAAUGCAGGUGAGAAGACGGAAAGCGCUGCUGGUGAUCAAACUGAAGCGAACAAGGCUGGACACGAAGAGCAGAUUGAUCAUAAUAAUCGACACACGUCAUCAGGACACAAACGCUUUGCUGUGGCUGAUGAAGGUUUUGACGUGGCAGAGUCGUUGCUUCCUCGCAAGCGGAUGCGGCGUUCAGGUAAUGCUAACGAGGCGGAAGCGAGUGGUGACGAGGCGAACGACCUCGAUCAUCAACUUCAGAGUGAGUCGAAGAGCGAGGAAGAAGAGCCACCUCAAAGUGAUUACGAAGUGCAGCCCGCGGCUGGAGACAAGGAAGAUGACAAGAGAACGCAUCGAAAUCGACGUCGUGCAUGAAUCCGCGAGUUAAGUUGCACCUAGUUAUUUGAACGCGAUGAGUAGUGUAUUUCU